UGACUACCUUUCGGACCCCCAUAAAAAUGGGCACGCUGACAGUACGGGGGGCGCUGAGGGUGUGGGGGGCGCUGUGCAUGAUGGGAUGCGUGGCCGCCUCGCCGCACCUCAACCAGGUGGACUACGGGGACGUUUACGACAACGAGGUGUCCAAAGAGCAGCGCGAAGACGACUCGGCGGCGGCGGCGGCGGCGAUGCCUCCGUGCCAGUCCGGCGAACUCUCCCGGUGGGACGAGCUCUUCGUGGCCCUGGAGAACUCUCACAUGAGGCAGAACAUGCUUCUGGAGUCCUCGGAGUCGUGCUGCGGGGCCACGGCGUCCCUCAGGGCGCAGCUGGAGCGCCUGGCCCGGGGAUCGAACCACCAGUGCCCCCCCUGGCAGGCCGCCCUCAAGGCGCUUCACCAGGAUCUGCUGGCGCUCCGGGAGGAGGGCGAGGCCAGGGAGAGGAGGUUCAACGCCACCUUGCAGGCCGGUAAUCGUUCCAAACCCUCGCCGGCCGCCCUGAAAGAACAGGAAGUGGCGCAGGAAGCGACGUCGCCCCCCGCCGACAGCGUGGAGAAGGCGCUGGUCGCCAUAGCGACCGAGCUGCAGCGGCUCCACGUGCAGCUCAGCCGAGUCAUCCAGGAGGCCGGCGCGCUGAAAAAAGACAGAGGGGACUCGUGAGAGGCCCGCAUCGGACGGACCGCUGUCGUACAGUGGAUAUAAAAAGUCUACACACCCCUGUUCAAAUGCCCGUUUUUGUUGUUGUCGUCAUAUUAAAAAAUGAGACCGUGAGAAAUCAUUUCAAAACUUUUUCCACCAUUGUGAGCUACAAACUGUACCACACACUACCCCACUCUUUUCAAGAGGGCUAGAAAUAAAAUAAACAACCCGGAUAUGAUGUAGUUGCACAAGUGUGCACACCCUCUCAUAAACUGGGAUGGAGCUGUGUUCAGAAUUAACCAAUCAAAUGAAACUCCGUAAAUCAGGAUGCACCAAUAACAAUCGACUGUUCUGAUAGGCUUUUCCUGCCGUUUUUGUCAGCACAUCUUUCAAUACCAGCCAUGGUCGGCAAAAAAUAAAUAAAUAAAUAAAUAAAAAUACAGCAUCACUGGGGAUCUUAUUGUGAACAGGAAAAGGCUAUUAAAUAUUUUGAAAGGCACUGAAAAUACAAUGAAAUUUUGACAAAUUCCAAAUAUUACCCAGUGUCAGCACAAAACACGGAAGCUUAAAAAAAUAUCUGAGUUUAAUUUGAUGUUCAUAAGAAGCAUUUUAAAUGGCCACAGCUUUGGAAUAGUGGCCAGUAUAGAGGGUGUGCAGACUUCCGCAAUUACGUUAUCUCACUCGCUGUUUAGUUUUAUUAUCACUUUUUUCCCCCAAUAACAUUUAUAAGGGCUGUUGGUCACAUUAAUAGUGGAAAAUGUUUCGAAAUAAUUUAUCAGGCUCUCGUUUGUUUUAUAACACAAAAAAAUGGCAAGUUAACAAGAAUGUGUAGUUUUCA